AUGGCCCACCAACCAGACAAACUCCCAUGGAAUAUGCUGAUCCAAAAUCUGGAAUACUACUCCCUAAACCACUCGGUACAGCCACCGGCAUCAAACCUUUACCUUGCACUCAGACCAGACCAAAGUAAGGACAUAACAACCUUUGCAAAGACUUUUUCCCAAACACUUUCAGAACAUAUUUCUCUCGAGCGCGAAAAGUACCCAAGAACUUAUGAUCCUCCGGAUGAAGACGAUCUUAUCGUCGACGACGCUACAGCUAGGAGAAUCAGCCCGGCUAUCGCUAAACGGACCUGGUUUUUUCACACAGAUCCGAAACUAGAUAGUGAAAAUUUGCUCAACACACAGCCAUGUCACCAUUCUACCGACGAAAAUACUCGGUAUGGUUAUGACGACUAUGUCCCGGGGGACAGCAACUACUCCGAUGGAUUCAAGUUUAACUGUAAAUGCGCACUCCCCCUGCGGGAAAGAAAACGACACGCUUUUUUACGCAAAUAUCGACCUAAUGAAUGCUACGGAUUUUAUCAUGUCAACAAGGCUGCUUUUUUCAAUCUAGAUGUCGUCAAGACCCUGUUCAUGCAUGGCGAAAUGGACCCGGUUCUCCGUGUCUGCUCGCAUCCGAAUGUUGGUUACGGUCUCUGGCAAGAUUCCCAGUUCCAGGAAGACCGAGAGGACCAGCAACGCAAAGACGACCACCGCAACACAAAAGUAUACCAGGAAAUGCUACACCGAUGCACCAAGAAUUUUGGAUGUCCAAUUUCAAACUUCCCGCACCAGCGAUUCUUCGGGAUCACAGACGAACAUUUCGGAGAAGAGUUCUAUAUUACUAGAUAUGCAGCGGAAGGAUGGCCUGUUCUUGCCAACGCCAUAGUGGCAUGCAACUUUAGGGCUAGCUUCAAGGCCAGGCCUAGAAACGAGGAGUUCUGGGAAAUAGUCUUCUCGUCGGACAGAAGGAUUGACGGAUUUAUGUUUCCAUUCGGAGCUAUUCCUUUUGAUGUCUUUUUGAACCACUUGCAUAACGAAGCUCCAUAUCUUCUGCAUGAGAAGGAGGUUACUGAGGUCUGCCACCUUCUGUGCAGUUGGACUAGGCUGCCGUAUGAGCUUAUCCUUUUGAUUAUGGAGUUCGCAGGGUAUAGUGAACAGAGACGCCUACUUCCUGUUGCACAUGAUCCGUUAAAUCUGCAGAAUGGGGAGGAGUUGGAGAAGUACCUCGAGGAGUGCUGGGGGAUUCUGGUUAGGUGUGGUAUGUUCGCUGAGGCACUGGGAGAUCCGAUCGACUGGGAAGAUGAAGUGAAGCAUCGACUGACUUGGAUGUUUAAAAGACCGAAGAUGCAGACAUUGAGUAUGUAA